AUGGCCGAUUCAAAAAAUAACAUACGCAGCGCAGAAAGCAGCGUCGAAGAUGACAAAAACAACCUGCACUAUGCCAGUCGAGGCGAGAUACUCGGCGACAACUCGGAGGAGAUCACAGGAUAUGAUUCGGAAUGGAUGCGCGCCAGAACGUCUCUGACUGCUGAAGAAGAGAAGAAGCUCCUGCGUCGGAUGGAUUGGCAUAUCAUGCCUCUAUGCGCGAUCAUGUUUCUGUUGAAGAAUAUUGAUUCGGAGAAUGUGUCCAAUGCGAAGAUUAUGAAUAAAGGAACAGACCGGAACAUCCUGACUGAGUUGGGGAUGACUUCGAACGAGUAUAGUCUCGUUACUGUUCUAUACUACAUUCCGUAUAUUGUGGCUGAAACACCGUCGAAUCUGCUCAUCAAGCGAAUGCUUCCGUCACGAUGGCAGUCUCGCAUUCUGGUUAGUUGGGGAUUGGCGCUUGCAUGCCAUACUGCCGUCACCUCGAAGCAAGGACUCUAUACAGCCCGUUUCUUUUUAGGAUUGAUGAAAUGUCACUUCGAUUACUCUAUUUCUGUAACAGACAUUCUGGGCAACUUUUCCGGAAUCAUCAGCGGUGUUCUGGCAUACGCCUUUGACACUGUCUCUGGCUCUCACGGUCUGUCGGGCUGGCAAUGGCUGUUUCUCACUGAAGGCAUCAUCACCAUUGCUUUUGGGUUUUCGCUCAUCUUCAUUUUUCCAGACUUCCCUCCACAGGCAAAGUGGUUGACAGACAAAGAAAAAGCCUUCAUCCAAGCACGACUCCCUCGAAAUGCACCUCGCGCUCACGAAGUCAACUUUAACUUCAAGGAAAUUGUGAAUUCCCUCAGAGAUAGCCGUCUGUGGCUAUUCACUCUUAUCUGGGCAUUCUUCACCGUCGGAACCCAUGGACUGAGAUUCUAUCAACCUACCGUCAUCGCAAAUCUUGGCUUCACUGGCAUCGCAACAACCCAACUCCUCAACAUCCCCACCUCCAUCCUCACAGUCCUCUGUAUCGCCGUCUUUGGUCUCUGCGCCGACAACCCCCGUCUCCCCCGCCCACUUUACCCCCUAUCCUUCCUCGUCGUCAUCCUCGCCUGCUACGGCGUGCUAUACAGCUACCCCUCCAACGGCGCCGUCUACGCAGUGACCGUCAUUGCCAACGCCCUCGGUAGCGCCUGGUACCCGCUGAUGUGGCCGUGGCGGGUACAGACAACAUCCAGCGCGACCGGCUCCGCCUUCUCCAUCGGCUUUGUGAAUAGCUACGGCCAGAUUGGAGGUGCGAUUGGUCCACAGAUUUUCCGGAGUGAGUAUGCGCCGAAAUACACGGUGCCGUUUGCGGUGACGAUGGGGUUGAUUGCAGGGUGUAUACUUUUGACCCUGGGGACGUGGUGGGUGACAAGGGGGACGGAACGGUCAACGAGGAGGUUGAAGUUGGCGAGGUUGGAGGCGAUGAAGAGGGGCGAGGCUGUGUUGGAGGAUGUGGUUGAUGAGGAUAGGCGUAGAUAG